CCCUCCACUAAGAGGCUACUUUAGACCUCGUAUAAACACGUUCACAGAUGUCUCUCCACGCUUGGAGCUCCGCUCCCCUGUUACGACAGCCUGCUUCAGUUCAGCAGCCAAAGUAGGGUUUCAGAGGAGAGAGAGAGAGACAGAGAGAGAGAGAGAGAGAGAGAGCAGAAUUAAAGACAGUGCCAUUUCUCACUGACCUCCUUGUCCAUGUGUGUGUGGGUUCCUGCUCGCGUGUAAGCGCAAGGAGUCGAGAGAGAGAGAGAGAGAGAGAGAAAGAGAGAGAGAGACAUACGCCGGGGGGCGAUUUUUCACUGCUCCUGAUUUCUUAUGCCCCCCACCCUCUUCACUCCCUCCACCAUCUUAUUUUUUUCUUUUUUUUUUCUCUUUUUGUUUGGCGAUUAUAAUCGGGGAGUCAGCGGCCGCUGUGGGAUAAGCUAAAGGGAUGCUCUGAGAGAAACGUCUAUGUCUCAGCACCACAGAAACCAGGCGGGGGAAACAACCAGAGACAAAAGCCCUUUUUUUUGGCACUGAAUGGGAGUCCGUCGCUUGGCAUGCGGUGGGAAUAGCAGUCCAUCAGAAGUCUCCGUCUAAGGUGCCGGAGCUGAGGACGUGACAGAUUGCACGGACCUGAUGCCACCGGCUUCAACUAAUCGGGCUUCCUCCACACUGCUGCCCAGAAUCCCCCUCUUUCCCCAAGCCCCUCCCUCCCGAUAGCCUCCACCACAGCCCCCAGCAGCUCCAUUUCACUAACGGAGCCUGUGAUUGGUGUAACGGAGGCUUGCGAUUGGUGGACUUGCUCAGGGAGACUGACCGAGUGAAGAAGAGAAGAGAUCUCCUUACGACUCGUGGCCCAAAAAUCACCUGUUGACGGGAGGAGAGGCUUCGGCUUUUUCGAGUGUGGCAGCCUACGUAGACAUCCUUCUGGAUGCCCUCACCAGGCACACGGCCCCUGCUGUUCGGCCCUCUGAGGCGCUCAUCCUCGGUGUUGCCAUGAGCGCGUUAUAACCUUGGAUCAUCGGGAGGCGGGGCUUCGGCGUUUCCAAGGGGCGCGGCACAAACCUAACGCCAGAGAUGCCGAAGCGGAGAGACAUUCUUGCCAUCGUGUUGAUCGUGUUGCCCUGGACGCUGCUCAUCACCGUUUGGCACCAGAGCGCCAUAGCUCCCUUAUUGGCUAUCCGAAAGGCCUGUCUCCACCUAGUAAAAGAAAUCUUUAUCGUACCAGAGAGGCUGGCCAUCCGUCGUCACCGUCUCUCAGACGACGGGGCCGAGGGCCGGCGAGACUCGGGGCAGGGGUCCGAUUCCAAGGAGUACUGCUCCUCGGACAAGGACAUCGUGGAGGUGGUGCGGACGGAGUACGUCUACACCCGGCCGCCACCGUGGUCCGAUGUGCUGCCCACGAUCCACGUGAUCACGCCCACCUACAGCCGGCCCGUCCAGAAGGCGGAGCUUACGAGGCUGGCGAACACCUUCCUGCACGUGCCCAACCUGCACUGGAUCCUGGUGGAGGACUCGCAGAGACGCACCCCGCUGGUCACGCGACUCCUCCACGAGACGGGCCUCAACUACACCCACCUCAAUGUGGAGACGCCGCGAAACUACAAGCUGCGGGGCGAUGCCCGGGACCCCAGGAUCCCCCGCGGGACCAUGCAGAGGAACCUGGCCCUGCGCUGGCUGCGGGAGACUUUCAGCCUGAACGGCAGCCAGCCGGGCAUCGUCUACUUUGCUGAUGACGACAACACCUACAGCCUGGAGCUGUUUGAGGAGAUGCGGUCAACGCGAAAGGUGUCGGUGUGGCCUGUGGCCUUUGUGGGGGGGCUUCGCUAUGAGUCCCCCAAGGUCAACGCCGCCGGUAAGGUCUACGGCUGGAAGACGGUGUUCGACCCCCACCGGCCCUUCGCCAUCGACAUGGCAGGAUUCGCCGUCAACCUCCGGCUCAUCCUCUUCAAGCCGCAGGCCUACUUCAAGCUGCGCGGUGUGAAGGGCGGAUACCAGGAGAGCAGUCUACUACGGGAGCUGGUCACUCUCAAUGACCUGGAGCCAAAAGCCGCCAAUUGCACUAAGAUUCUUGUAUGGCACACCAGGACAGAAAAGCCUGUUCUCGUAAAUGAAGGAAAGAAAGGAUUCACAGACCCCAAUGUGGAGAUCUGACAUCGUUUCAGACCCGGCAGCUGAUUUUGAUCAGACGCUGUGCUUGGGCCCGCUGUGCUUGGGAGCUGGCAGAAGAGCACAGGACUGAUAGAGCCACAUGUUUAAAAAACACCCCUGCAAUGUCUCCACUACGACUGAAGAGGAACCCCACUCCCCCACCCCCACCCAAUUCAAACACAUAGACUGAACCCAGCAAAGAUCAGAAAUAUUUUUCAUUACAUUGGGGGAGGGGAAAAAUACAUUUAAAUGCAUAUGGUAUUAAAGCACAGAUAAAAACAAGAUGGCAAUAUUCACCCAUUUUUGGAGAAAACUGUCAACGCACUUCAAGGGGUGAAGUGCACCUGGAGACAGACAGGGAGAUGGGACAAGCGCGGAAACCAUAGCAACUCGCACAGUAUCCAAUCAAGCGCGGCAACCAUAGCAACCUGACAAUUGUCCAAUCAAGAGAGGCAGCACAAUGUCACCCACAGGGACAGCUAAUGUAAAGGACUGUGGGGAAAGCCAAUCAGACAGCAUUGCUCAACUGAAAAUGAAUUAUGGGUAAACUGGCUCUCUGUACCAUGAACUUUGAGCCGUGCUGGGACCUGUAUUCACACAGGAGAAAGAGACCCCCAUCUCAGGCAAUCUGGGCCAGGAUGGGUAGAGUAAACAUUAUUUGUGGGUGUGGUUGGGUGUUUACCCCUCCCCCCUGCUCCAAUGAAUAGCACCAUAUCACCUGGUAGAACCUAACCUGCCUCCAAUUCUAACUAUAGAACAUUCAAAACUUUGAGUCUCCCAGUUUUUUUUUUUUUUUCCAGCAAAUGCCAACAGAAAAAAGUGGAAUGAAAUAAGGGAAGGACUGUCUUAUUUUUACAUACCUCUUUUAACAAUAUGGCCACUUUGUCAUUUCAUCUUUAGACAUUUACAUGCAUCACACUGCUUGUCCAGUAUUACUGAUUCUUUUCAGCAUUUAGUCCAGGUUCUUUGCCUGAUAUUCUGCUUCAUUCUGGAGGAAUGCAAUUCAGUGUGUGCUGACGCAACCCCCCCACCACCCAAGACACACACACACACACACACAGACACAUCACCAUUUCCAUCAUUUCACAAAUCAUGAGCGAUCCUCCAUGCUUAAGAGUUGAAGCAUUGCAGGGAAAGUUUCCCUAAAGAAAAGGCACUUACAAACCCAGGGGCGAAAUAUUGUUCUUAAACUGAUUUUAAAAAAUUGUAAAUACUGACAGCAGAACAAUCAGGUGCUUUGCUUCAAAAUCUUGUUAGUAUGUAAAUUAUGAAGUUGUAGAAUUACUGUAUUUAUAUACAUGUAUUUAUAUACAUGUAAAAUUACUUAAAAGGGAGAGUUUAUGUUAAAUUCGAAUACAUUUAAGUCUAAAUAUAUGACACUGAGGACCUUGCAAAUAUUGCAUUGAUCAAUGUCUUUUUUGAAGUUUUACCGUGAAGAGGGGCAUUCAAACAGGCCUUUGCUCAGGUGCGAAAGGACGCUAUAAAAAAUCUUUAAAAUAACAAAUGGCAAAGCUUGUGUUAGCAUAGCAUGUCUGAAAGGCACAACAUAGAAUUGCACUGCGUAACUUGCAUAUCAAGUACAGUUAUCUUAUGCCUUGCGGCUGCACCGCAGUAUCUAAAAGAUGUUUUGUGGAUAAAGGAAGGAUGACGGACAGGGCUGUCAAAUGUUUUCAACUACAAUUCGCAAAAACUGCUUCCAAACGCAAGAGAUAGAGAGGAAGUGCUUUCACUCAUCCACCAAAGUGAUUCUUCAUUGUACCUGGCAUCAUUGUACCUGACAUGCUGUUCUUCCCCACAUGAUAAGAACACCACAACACUGUACUUGAUUCCAUUGGAUCAAGAAAAGGUGAGAUCCUGCGGAAAAUAAUAUCCUGAAUAUUAUAAUAAGAUAAUAAAAUAUAAUAUGAAAUAUUAUAAUAAUAAGAUAGUAUGUAAAAUAUUAUAAUAAUAAGAUCCUGCGUGCUACAUUGCGGGUUCGAGCUGUUCAUUGGCACAUUGAGAGCAGCUUGUCUUCUCAACAUGACUGUGCAAGUCUUAGUCAGGGGUCAGUGUCAGUACACACACACGAGAGACGGAACAAGCACAAGGACAUUCAUUUGGAAAAAUUCCAAAAUAGUCACCUGUCAGGUUCAAUCAUAAUGUGAACGUUUCAUCUCAUGUUGUCUUUUUUUCAUUUUAGUCUUUUUGUUUUGCUUGUAGAGGUUAAUCACUGUGUGUUGUGCAUUUAACUGAAGUCAACCAAAAACGGAUGGACCUGAAUGACAAAAAUAAAGAACUCUUGCACUUAAUGAACCACUAAUUAACCUUUAACAAACUCUUAAUAAAGCAUUGGACUGACUGCGAAUGAGAUAUUAAUUUAAGUAAGACUUACAGGGGGGGGGCUAGUGAUGUAUUAAUUGGGGGUAAAACAAGGUCCCACGUCAGACUUCUUUAUUAUUAAAUUAGAUAGCUAAAUAAAAUAAUUAUACAUUUACUAACAGAACAGAGGCCAGAACUUUUCACCCCAGGGCUUUAUACCCUCAAUUGGCAUGAAUGUUCUAAUAUUCUGUUCAGAGACAUACAAAUGUAUUUCUGUAAUUUAAUUGAGCAUCCUUUUACAUGAGGUUGCAAUGAGUAACAGAUCAUUUGAUGAAAUGAUAAAUGAAUGUUGGAAUCUGACUGUGCUGUGGCCUACUCCAUUUACUGCAUAAACAGAAACUUUAUAGUUCCAUGCCUUAUAGAUGGUUUGUUAUGGGGUAAUUAAAGGUUAAUUAAGUCAAUUUAGGUGGUGUUACAUAAAUGUUGUUAAUCAUAUUCACCACUCCACAGUGCUGAUCUCAGGUCAGAAGAAUGACAAACAGAUUCAUAGCUGUUCUUCUGUACAUGCUGUUCUGUUUUUUUUUUCUUUUUCUCGCAAUCAUGUCUGCUCGAUUUGUUCUUAACCUGGGAGUAAUGGUUAGAAUAUCAAGAACCCUUUGUAGUAUUCAUCAAACCUUUUGACCGAUGCUGAAAUCCCUUCAUUUGAAUCAUACCUGCAUUACAGAUUCAGGCAAUCGCCUGAUGGGUUAAUUCUCCUGCUUUUCUACGUCGUAAUCUGAUUUGGUCACACGAUCAAUAGGCGUGCCAUUUCCCUUUAUGUCAGCCUCCAUGCACACAUCCCAGUCGCAGGUACAGACAGGUGUUUCCAGGAGUUGUCAGCGACGAGAUUUGUCUCGAUCGACACGCAUCCGUCUUAGUACCACAGAUAUUGCUCCAAUUUCUUGUUAAAUAUUGGAGAAAAAGAUGAAAACAGGACGCUGUGCAACAGUGCCUCCCACUGGUAAACUCUGACAACAGACAGCACAGGGGCAAAUCGGAUUUGACGGAGCUUUUUGGGUGCAGAAAACGGUGCAACUAAUAAUAAUAAUAACAACACCCCUGAAGUAUGAAAAAGAAUCUGUGGAGAUGCAAUAGGUCCUCGUCACUAGGCAUGCUUUGCAGGACUGCACGACCAUAUUGGACUAAUGAAUUCAGGACAGACGAGACUGCUCUAGACCUAUGUUUUAUGAUCUUUAUGAUAGCAAAACAUCACAGGAUCCAUAUGGCCUAUUUGUUAUUUAUUUAUUUAUGUAUUUAUUGUGUAGGCUAAUUUACUCCCUCCUUUUAAAUUCUGCUCAAAAUGUAAAAGUUCUCUUUCAUGAACUUAUCAGAGCGUUUCCAUUUUAUGUUUAAGCAUGAAUUCUGAUCAGAAAAGCCCUUAAUUUAAGUCUGCAAAGUAGCAUCAAGCUUAGUCCAUCUCACUUCAUCAGUGCAUGGCUCCAUUUUAAGUAAGCUGCAUACGCUUCUUUGUCACCAUGAGCUUUUGAGUCUCUUCAGAUGAACAUGGGCGACAAUCAGACUGCACUGUUCGCACAUGUGCGUCCACAUCACUCGAUGCCACUGGUCGCUUUUGUGUGUGUCAGGGAUGGAGAUGAACAGUCAUCAGAUUGUAUUAUUAUAAAAUAUUAAAUGUUUAAUAUCAACUGCAGCAAAUCUUCUAGAACUGGAAUUAAGUAUGCUGCCCGGUACCACUAAAAUCUCUGUUAACACAAACCGGCGAACAAAGGAUUGGUAAUUAUUGGCAUAUUUUUGCACUCGACAGUUUUCAUUCAAUUCAAUUUUAUUUCCAUAGCACAUUUUUUUAUUUCUUUUUACAGAGAACUGUCCCUGUCACUUUUUUUCAGGAAGACUACAUCAAAAAGGGUUUCCAAUUUUAAUUAAAGCUGUAGUGUAUGUAGGCCUAUGCCAAGGGGUUUCCCAGAAGAAAGACACUGUAGCCUUAGCCUACUCACAUUUAUAAAGUGGGUUUAUUGGUUUGAGUAAUUCUACAACCACGUAGUGGUUUUUAGAGCUUCUCACUGUUGAGCCUUUACUCACACCCCACCACCACCACAUCAAAGCUUGUGUUCUCCUUAAAUCUACUUGUGAUCCAUUUUCCCCUCCCAAUAAUACCCACCACCCCCACAUUUGUAAGAAGAAAAGCACUUUCUGCAUGGAAUUCUACAAAAGGGUAUUAAUUUUCUUUCAUGUCUCCAUUUUAGAGAGAAAUAAAUCAAUAUAAAAAUGUGGAAAACAAAUAAACAGAAAAAAAAACACAA